AUGGCGAAGACAAAUAACGUGACUGAACUGAUCAUCACUGGCCUUUUCCAGGAUCCAAAGGUGCAAAAGGUGUGCUUUGUACUGUUCCUUCCCGUGUACCUGGCCACAGUGCUGGGCAAUGGCCUCAUUGUUGUGACAGUCAACAUCAGUAAGACUCUGCGUUCCCCCAUGUACAUCUUCCUCAGCUCCUUGUCCCUGGUGGAGAUCUGCUACUCCUCUACUGUUGUCCCUAAGUUCAUCACUGACCUACUUGUAAAGAUUAAAACCAUCUCUCUGAAGGGCUGCCUGGCUCAGAUAUUCUUCUUCCACCUUUUGGGGGUUGCUGAGAUUCUUCUGCUUGUGGUGAUGGCCUAUGAUCGCUAUGUGGCCAUCUGCAAACCUCUCCAUUAUAUGAACAUCAUGAGUCAUCAAGUGUGUCACAUGCUGGUAGCUGGCUCCUGGCUGGGGGGCCUCAUU